AUUAUUUAACUAUAUUGAUAACUUACAGAUCUUGUUUUUCACUGUCCUCUUGGCCAACUCACUGGCCAACCACCCUAUACGCUUCAAUUUUAAAUUGAAAAUUUAUUGGAAAAUAUUUGAUAAAGAUUACGUGUAUUAUGUGGUUCUGGCUUAUUCAAAUUACUAAUCGAUACCUCCUAUCAGAAAGGAACUAAAAGGCUAUAUCCAUCAACUUCACACCAAUUAUUUUUGAGUGUGUAAAAUGUAAAUGACUUUUUACUAUACUAAAUUUUUAAAUGAUGAUAAAUUUGUAUAACCCUGGUACUAAUAUAAUAAGGUAGAGUCGUUGACGGUAUAUUUAAGCGCCUCAGCGAUAACAUAACAGCCAUAAUAACCUGCCAAGUUGAGAAAACAUGUAUUGGUCAAUUCUUAUUGCAUUAUUUGUGCCAAUCUAUGGUAUGAAAGAUGAAACAAAAGAGUACAAUUUUAAUUUAGUUCACCAAUGGCACCGCAUCGAAUAUCAAUAUCCCAGCGAAGCUGAACGUACAGAAGCCAUCAAGAAUGGUAGUUACAGAAUUGAUAUAAUUCGUCCUGCGGAUGCACAGUAUACAUAUCAUCUAAAAACAGAACAAGACCGAUAUUUUAUAACAGUUCCAAGAAGAGAACUUACCGGAACGCCUGCCACCUUGGGAGUGAUUAAUAUCAAGGAGCCAGGGCGGCAUGAAACUCAUGUAAUGGACCCUUAUCCGUCAUGGUCUUGGCAUAUCGACAUAGAAAAAUGUCACUACCAUAGAAUUGUUAAUGUUUAUAGGAUUUGGGCUGACGAAUGUUUUAGACUUUGGGUAAUGGACAACGCCAAAAUAAAUGACGAGUUCAUUUGUCCCCCUCAAAUUUUAGUUUUCGACCUGGAAGCGGAUACCCUGUUAUUUAAAUACGAAUUGCCCUACGACCAAUAUGAAAACGUAUCGUAUUAUAUAACGCCAAUGUCAGAAGUCGAAAGUAUGGAGGAUAAUUGUAUGAAAACUUGGCUGUAUGUGGCCGAUCCUAUCGGGCCAAGACUACUCGUGUACAAUCUAGAAAAGAACGUCUCCUGGACAAUCCAAGAUCAGAGCUUUAAGCCCGAUCCUAAUUACGAAAAAUAUACUAUAGGAGGUGAUAGUUUUCAUUUAUCGUAUGGCAUCUCAUCGUUGACCCUCGGUCCUAAAUGCAACCCGCCUGGAGAGAGAAAGUUGUUUUACCAUGCAAUGUCAAACGUUCGAGAAUCAUGGGUGUAUCUGAAAUAUUUGAAAAAUCCUGACAAUUUUAAGAAGCCUUAUGGUUCUCCUCAAUUGUUCUACACUUAUCCUACUACAAUAGAUCAGCAAGUUUCAGUGGAAUCAAUUGAUUGCAAAGGAAUGAUGUACUUUGGGUUGUUAACUGAUAUUCUCAUGGUUAAAUGGAAUUCAAAUACACCGUAUAUGAAGGAAAAUUUUGUAGUGAUUGCUGAUAAUAAAACUACUAUGCAGUUACCUACUAGUGUUAAAGUAAUACCAAAUAGACACAAUGGUUCGGAGUAUCUAUUUGUUUUCUCCACAUCCUAUCACAAGUAUCCAAAACCACUAGAUAAGGAUAUAGUUAAUUUUUGGUUAUUCCGUGCUAAAUUGUAAGCAUUUUGAUUGACUAAGUUUUAGUAAGCAAUUUUUGUAUUAAUAGAAAUACAAUAAAUGGUUGUUAUUUA